AUGGACGAGAGCCGGGCCGAAAGUCUGGUCGCUACCGACGACAAAGGCAAAAUGCUUGUGACCUUGUUGAAGACGGUUCUAACCAAUUGCGCGUUGAAAAUAGACGACGCGACCGGGCAGCUUCUCGUCGAUCUUCACGACCAAGCCACGGCAGCCGAGCGAGACAAGCUGCAGAGCAGCCUGGAAGACCUGACCCGCGAUCACAACGCCGCUAAAGCCAAGAAUGAUGAGCUUACCGACAAGCUCGCCAAACUUGAGCAGAACCACCCGGACGCAGAGCUUCCCAGACUGCUUGAAGAAAUGGAGAACGAUCUUGCCAAAUGGCGAUCGCGCGGGAGGGCGUGGCAGGACCAGCUGGAAAAGAAGGAUGCUUACAUUCAGAGCCUGAGAUCCGAGCUUGACAACGAAACCAGGCAGCACAAAGUUACGAGAAGACUACGGGCACUUUACUAA